AAAAUGUUUCGUUUCCUACUGUCUUUCUUGACUCUCUUCAUGGUUUUGCUCGUUGGGAUCUCUCUGUCCGCACCAAUUCCAAAUAUUGAUAACGCUGAAGAUUUUCGCUACCCACAAGACCCAGAGGAUUUCAAUAAUAUGCCAAUGGCCACAGCACGUCCAUCUGUCAACCCAUGCAACUAAACAUUUUCGAUUUCUUUUUUGUAUGUAAGAAUAAAUUUUUUUUAUAAUU